GGAGGGAGGAGGAGGAGCUCCGACUGUGCUCUUUGACGGCAGUUUUUGUGCCUCUCAGUGCUUGUCGUGCGUUUCUUUUUGAAGUAAAACAGCAGGUCCCUGACCUCAUAGACCAUCCAGUUUGGGAGGUGGUGGCAGACUACGGGCUGAGGCCCCAGAUCUGCCUGGGAUCAGGCUGCUUCUACAAGUGCAGGGCCACCCUCAGUAGUGUGGCUGCCAGGGCAGCACAGUUACAAUUUCAUCGAAGGCUCAGGCAGGAGUGGAGAGGAGUGUAGGUGUCCCAUGGGGAAUAUACUGACCUGUUGUGUGUGCCCCAAAGUCAGCUCCAACUGUGGCUGGCCUAGGGGGAAGGUGGCAUCCAGUUAUGAAUCUGAUAUUUAUGAGGCCGUGGCUGCUGCAACAUCAGAAUCCACUACUGUAGAGCCUGGCAAGCUGGAUGUGGGAGCCACGGAGGGCCAAGACCUGCAGCACAUCAGCAACCAAAAGAUGCCCACAGGUUCUGUUCCAUAUCUGGAGGAUUGUGCACUUGACAUUGUGGAGGACAUGUUACCUGAAAUGGUCAACUAUACAGCCCAAAAUUCCUACGGUCCCCCUGAGAACCGCCUGAGUUUAAAAUUUGUACCACCAAGUGAGGAAGACAAUGAGGAUGGCCAGAUUUUACCAUCACGUUUCCAGGAUUCUCCUGAGGACAGCCUGAGUUUAGUAAGCCUACCACGAAGUGAAGAUUAUGACGGUGAUGAAGAUGAUGAUGAUGAUGAUGAUGAUGAUGAUGAUGCUCACAUUUCACCAUCACGUUUCCAGGAUGAUCUUUCUGAGAACACCUGCUCUUUUCUGCCUCUGCCACUGCAAAAUAUCAGAGCCUUUGGUGUGGGACACAGUUCUGUCACAGGCAGUCACUUAAUCCUGGAGACAGAAUUCCUCUGCGGUGUGCCCAGAAGCAUAGGAGAAAUGGAUCCUCACCUUAUGAACUGUUAGGUUUCAUGGCAGCACAUUCGUCUGUCCUUGCUGUUUACCUCUGGUAUCAAGACAUCUCCCUGGGCGUGGAGGACAGAAUGAAAAAUUCACUCUGGGCUCACUGCAGAAGCUCCCGUGUCUUGGAAAUGGAGGGAGAAGCACAACCUUGAGCACAGUGUCAGCAUUCCAUGUUCUUCAUGUGAAUGAGAAUAUGCAGUUUUACCAUCAUUUGUGGAAGAGGCUUUCCUUUCCCCAUUGUGUAUUCUUGGCACCUUUGUUGAAGAUCAGCUGACUCUGUAUGUGUGCAUUUAAUUCUGAGCUCUCUGUUCUAUACCUGUGAUAAUUAUGGGUGCCCCCACGCUAGAAGCAUGCUGUCUGAAUUUCUCUGUUUUUUGUAGAUUUCAAUCUCAUGAAUGUGUGUCCUCCAACAGUAUUCUUUUUCAACGUUAUCAUGGUCAUUUGAGGCACAUAAAAAUCAAUUGCAGUCUUAGGAUUAUCUUUUCCAUUUCUGCACAGAUGGCUGUUACAAGUUUGAUAGUAGUUGUUGUGAGUCUGUAGAUCAUUUGUGUAGUAGUGUGUGUUGGUCAUGUUUAGUUUUCCUAUCCAUGAGUACGGGAUGCCUUUCAACUUAUUUGUACCUUCUUUACUUCCUAGAAUCUUUAUGUUGACAGCUCAUAAGGUAGAUUUAACAUGACUAAUAAAAAUUUGUGAAUUUUUUUUUUUGGAUGGAGUCUUACUCUGUCAUUAGACAGUGGUGCAGUACCGUGCUCUCUGCUCACUGCAACCUCUGCCUUCCGGGUUCAAGUGAUUCUCCUGUCUUAGCCUCCCAAGUAACUGGGAAUGCAGGCGCAUGGCAUUACCCCUAGCUAAUUUUUUUGUGGUGCAGACAUCGUUUUACCUUGUUGGCCAGAAUGAUCUCAAUCUCUUGACUUUGUGAUCUGCCUGCCUCAGCCUCCCAAAGUGCUGGGAUUACAGGCAUGAACCACUGUGCCCGGCCAUAUAUGUGAUUCUUUUUUUAAGAAUGUAUGUCUGAGUAAAUAGGCAUUAAAUAAAAUUUUUUUGUAAGCUAGUUAACCAAAAAAUCACCCUGUAUUCAUGGACAUUUUUUCGUGAAUUGGUUAAUUUCUAUUGGUAUACAUUUUCUCAUUUCAGUAGAUCAUGUAUAUUUGAACCUGGAAACUUAUCCUCAUGGCAGAAAGUGUUCAGAGUCACGUCUCUCAGCUUCACUGGUGUAGUUAGAGCAGGCUCUGUGGGCUUGGCCUGCUUCAAUGAAGCCUGCUCUUUAGGGAAUCUCCUCAGGGAGAGUGACACAGGAGCUGCUGAAGCCCCUCAUCACAGGGUCCUAACAGGUUUUGCGCACACACCCUGGAUUCAGAAGAAGACUUAGAAAUAGGAAAUCAUGACUAUUUUUAAUUGUAGCAUUUUAAUAUUUAAUUUUUAAAAUGAUCUUUAUGAAAAUGUGUGAUUAAUAAUUUGGGUAAAAUGGAAUCCAUUUUACCAUUAAAAUAGGCUUUUAAUUAAGUAAUAAAUCCUUUAAAAGAGAUACUAAAUGUAAUACGACCAUUAUUGGAUCCUAGUGUACUGAGAUGGUCUUGAUUAUGUUAAGAAAAUGCUGUUUGUUUAGAAGAGUUGAAAAUAUUUGAGAGGGAGGAAGGCACUCUUCCAUUGACCCUUAAUGUGCAUUUUAGUUCCAUUUUGGGUUCACUCUUUUGUGUUGCUGCAUGAUGCCUCUAGUACAAGGCUAAGGUGUCCAUGUCUGGUGUCUUUGUUGCUCCCCUCUUCUGCCAUCCCUCUUCCACUCAGGGGAAUAGCCCAGCAUCAACUCAGUCCAUGCUUCUUAAUCAACCACCUCCAUACACCACAUCCAGCAAAGCUCCCUGAGUGACUCACAGUCACAAACAACCAGGGCACUGAUCUUUCCUGUGUGUG